ACUCUCAAGCAAGAGUAUCACUCACUCACAGUCUCACACUAUUUGAUAGCCACAGUUUUCUAGAGAAGGUAGGUCCAGCUCAGUUUCCUUUCGGUCGCGGCAGUGGAAACAGCGAGCGAGGGUUUAAUUUUUGCCUCGAGCCCUCUUCGCUCUCCCUUAUAAUCUCGCACCCCGCCCAUAGCCAAUGGAAGGUCAGGUCCCCAAGAAGCGAGGCCGGAAGCCGAAGCCCAAGGAGGAGAAAGACCACCAACAGCCGCAGCAAGGCAAAAUGAAGGAAGGGAAGCGCGGUCAGCACGCUGCUUCGGUUGACGAGAAGUAUACUCAGUGGAAGUCUCUGGUCCCUGUGCUCUACGACUGGCUCGCUAACCACAAUCUCGUCUGGCCUUCCUUAUCUUGCCGAUGGGGUCCUCAGCUUGAGCAAGCUACUUACAAGAAUCGUCAGCGCCUGUAUCUCUCCGAGCAGGCGAGAUCGAGUUCCUCUGUUUUGGGUUUUUUUUCUACGGUGAAAGACGAGAUUUUUAGACUGAUGGUAGUGUUCCAAACACCCUUGUCAUUGCUAAUUGUGAGGUUGUCAAGCCUAGAGUCGCUGCUGCUGAGCACAUAUCUCAGGUCAUACUUAUUUUGGUCACAGUUUAAUGAAGAAGCACGAUCUCCAUUUGUGAAGAAAUACAAGACCAUUAUACAUCCUGGAGAGGUGAACAGAAUCAGGGAACUUCCGCAGAAUAGCAGGAUAGUGGCUACUCAUACUGACAGCCCUGAUGUUCUAAUAUGGGAUGUAGAAACACAGCCAAACCGACACGCAGUCCUUGGAGCUUCAAAUUCUCGACCUGAUCUGAUAUUGACUGGACACCAAGAGAAUGCAGAAUUUGCUCUGGCAAUGUGUCCAACAGAACCCUUUGUGCUAUCUGGAGGGAAGGAUAAGUCGGUUGUUUUGUGGAGCAUCCAGGACCAUAUCACGUCCUCCGCAUCUGACCCAGCCAGCGGAAAGUCUCCAGGAUCUGGCGGCGGCUCCAUCAUUAAAAGGGAUGGUAAUGAUAAAGCUGUUGAUGGCCCAACUGUAGGACCAAGAGGGAUCUAUCAGGGCCACGACGAUACAGUCGAAGAUGUUGCUUUCUCUCCGUCCAGUGCGCAGGAGUUCUGUAGCGUAGGGGAUGAUUCUUGCCUCAUUCUUUGGGAUGCUCGAGUUGGCACUAGCCCUGUUAUCAAGGUUGAAAAAGCUCAAAAUGCUGAUCUUCACUCUGUUGAUUGGAGUCCACAUGACAGUAACUUUAUUCUGACUGGUUCUGCAGACAAUUCUGUUUGCAUGUUUGACCGACGAAGCCUCACCAGUAAUGGAGUUGGCUCACAUGUUCAUAAAUUUGAGGGCCAUAAAGCUGCUGUUCUUUGUGUGCAGUGGUGUCCUGACAAGGCAUCUGUCUUUGGAAGUUCUGCCGAGGAUGGGCUCCUAAACAUCUGGGAUUAUGAACAGAUCGGUAAAGAAACAGAUGCAAAGGCCCCAGGAGCUCCUGCUGGAUUGUUUUUCCAGCAUGCUGGGCACAGGGACAAAGUGGUUGACUUCCACUGGAACACACAUGAUCCUUGGACGAUUGUUAGUGUGUCAGAUGACUGUGAGACUAGCGGUGGAGGUGGCACAUUACAGAUAUGGAGGAUGAGUGAUUUGCUGUAUAGGCCAGAGGAGGAAGUAUUGGAGGAACUUCAGACCUUCAAAACCCAUGUGAGCCAAUGCACAGCCAAGAACUGAAGGGCAAGAGAUGGGGUAAAUUCCGAAUCACCGAGAGAGACAUGGUCGGUCGGUCCAAGCUUUUGUGUGACAGUAGGAGGUUGCAGGACUUGGUUUAAGAUGGUAGUAGUGUAAGAGCGAGCGAGAGAGGGAUAUGAUGUAUCUAUUACUCUGUAGGCUUUUUCCUUCUCUGCUGACUUUAGGGCAGUGUGUUGAGUGACUAAUUUGGUUCUUGAUGAUAGGUUAAGUUGGGGAACGGGGUUUAAUAUUACAGGCUGUGUAGUACAGGAGUAGCCCGUAAGAUGGCCGCCAAUGUCUUAAAGGUUAAAGUUUGGCGGCCUGCCGUUAUCUCUGGUCCCUUGCUGCUAAUAGCCUAAUGCGAUAUGUUCUCUUAACUACUAGUUCCAUUGGUCCUUUUCCCCCCUCCAGCCGAAUCCUUCUUCAAGUUGAUGUUCCGUGCAAUAUAUUGCUGAGCAGCUAAUGGUCUAGGGUGACAUAGGUACUGGAGCCCGUCCUCGAGGGCUCGAUGUGAUCGUAGUAUUACAGCCCGAAUAUGUGUUACAACUAUAGUACUAUAGUUUAGGUACACUAGCUUUGGUCAUUUACAUCACCUAGGUAUUAGAGUUAUCUCUUAUGCAAGACUCUUAAAUCAUAGUCCUUCUCUUUUACCAACAAUAUCUUAACGAAACUUUAAAUUAACAUUGAC